AUGCCCUCCCAACGCCCCUUCUUCCUCUCCACGUUCUUCGCCGCCCUCCGCCAGCAGGCCCCCUCCGGCCUCUCCUCCCAGCAGCCCAGCAAAUCCGCAUCCUCCUCGGCGGCAUACCAGUCCGCAUCCUCGUCCUCCUCCGCCGCCGCCGCGGGACCCCGCUCCAUCUCCUCGUCCACCAACAACGCCUCCAACUCCGCCGCCACACCGUCCUCCUCCCCGGUCUCGGCCGCCUCGUCGCCCCCGCCACAGGCGACCCGGACGCCUUCGUCGGGAGGAGGAGGCGGAGGUGUCGUCGGCCAGUUGCCCAUGCACCACUCGGCGCGGCACCACCACCACCACCGUCACCAGCAGCAGCAGCAGCAGCACCAGCAGCAGCACCACGGCGCGAUACCGAUCCCGCAACGUGGCGAUAGCGGCCGACGGCGCGGCAGCGAUAGCAGCAGCGAGGGAUUCCGGGAUGUCCUCGGGGCGGAUAAGUGGUACGUUGGCGGCCGGACGGCGGCCGGCGAGGAGAAGUUCUUUAAGCUGGGUGUUGUCAGACGGGUGCGUAGUGGGGACAGGCUGAGUCUGGACCGCCUGAGUUUAUGA